AUGGACACAAACAUUGCUCUGACGGCUGCCGAAAGUCUUCUCUGGGGUGUGUCGGAUUCGAUUCAGAUGCGGAGAAAGGAUCCAGACGCGGAACAGCAAUAUAACGAACUUUGGAUGUUUCUUCUAUCCGAACUUCUCGUGCUUUGUACGGAUGCGAGACCAGAAGUUCGGGGAGGCUCCAUUCAGACACUCUUCCGCACAAUGCAGCUCUAUGGUCUUACAUUAAGCCUCGACAUGUGGCACGAGUGCAUCUGGAAGAUUAUAUUUCCACUUCUGGAUUCGCUUCGAGCUGCGGCAGCGAUGAUCUCGCCUGACGGUGAGGGCUCCCUCUCUGCCGGAAAUGCUUGGGAUGAGUCCAAAAUACUUGCCCUGCAGUCCAUCGGUGGCAUCUUCAACGACUUUUUGAUGAGCAAGCUUGUGCAGCUCAUCGACUUUGAACAAGUCUGGAGCACGUUUGUUCAGCAGAUUCAAUCGUCUGUGCUCGAAGAAAGCAAACCCAUCAUCACAGUCGCCCUCAGAUCGAUCGAAAAGGCUCUUAAAUCCUUCAAGGACCCGGUUGGGAUCAAUAAGACCAUUGCAGACCGUAGCUGUGAAACGCUCUGGUCAUCCUGGGAGACGAUGGGUCGGCAACUCACGACCCGACCCAGUGGCGUAUAUCACCCGGAAAACCUCACCCAUGACAACUUUGUCGCCUUCGUGGACGUGGUCAGGUCGUUGAGAAGUCUUUCCAAAAGCGUGAAGGGGCAAGAAUGGACGCUGCAACGACUUGGAGAGCUUUUGGCCAUCCUCAGGUCCAUCCAGAUAUACAAACUGGCCGAUUUCCGUCCAGAUGUUGAUGCCAUGACCCCACUCCAGAACAACAUCCUUGUUGUCUAUGAGAGUGUGGACCUUAGUGUCUCUGGCUCAGCCUCUUUGGUUUUAUCUGACUACGCCUACUUCGUCACACUGGCCUUCUUGGAGGCUCAGGAUCAAAUCACGCCGACAAGCAAGCAAGACGCAGUGUCACAGGCCAAGAAGGCUACCUACAUUGCCAUAUGCAAGCGCAUAAUGCCGGUUUUGUCGCAUCUAUACAGCCGUUUCAAAGGGAGCCUGGAGCUGUAUUGCGACGGCACAGUAGAGGCCAUACUCAAGGCUUAUGCAAUCCCCAUCAAGCUGAAGUAUGACUGCCCAUCACCUUCAAAGUUUGGGUCGGAUCCUCCCCUGUGGAAAACCGCCACAACGACAUUCGUCUCCGUCGCGAAAGACUGUAUACCGCGGAUCACUGAAUUCCCAGAACUUUCCGAUGAGCGGAUAGCAGGAAUAUGGCAAAGUUUGCUGGAAGUUUUCGAGGGUGCCCUCAUGGCAGAUUGUUCAUCUGCCGCCGAGGACCUCAUCGACGAGGUCUUUGAUCACGUCUUCAUAUCCGCCAUUGAAACCCAUGUCUCCGCUCAUCUCGGUCACAAGCGCGUUCCAAACGAUAUAAUCAUCAAUUUUGGAAAGGUUCUUCAACACGCAAGCAAGAUACAUGAGCCUGGUAUCACGCCUAUCCCUAUCCCUAUCCCGCACGAACACGAUGAAGAAGAGCCAUCUGAAGAGGUUUCCUCGACGAACCAAAGGGCUUCAAACGAUCUCGGGGGCGAGUAUGAAGUCGUUGGGACCACCCUUUCUAUUAGCAUUCUUCCUCGCGAACGCUUUUCCUACUGGUGUUUCGACCUCAUCUUUCAUUUAUGCUCUUCGAUCGAUGAUGACUAUGAAUGGAACCGUAGAAGAGUUGCGGCAUUGUGCCUCCCUCAGCUACUGGAUCGCAUCAGUCAGGAUUCCAGAGCUCGAGAAGAAGAAGUGCUCUACGUUCUGAACAAGAUGCUUAAUCUUAGCCUCUGGUCCGGGUCGCUGUGGGCAAGCCAAUCUGAGGAUCCAACUAGGUUUGCAAACGAACUACCUGAGUCGGUUUCGGAUGAAGUCAUCAACCGUUCUCGAGACUUGGCGUACAAAUCUCCAAGAGCACAUCUCUUCUACUGCUAUAAUCUGCUACUGCAAAUUGUGUCCGCGCCAAAAUCAGCAACGGCUUGGCUGCCCCCUUCGUUCUUCACCUCAAUGAACCCAACAAUGCCCGAAAUCGAGUCGCCUCAGUAUAUUCAUUACGACUCGAGAACACUCGCCAACAGUUGCCUCAAACUCAUUGGGGAAGAAAUGGGUCUGCCUUGGUCAUAA